AUGGAACAUAUACGCCUACAACGGACUAUGGCAGAAUUAGUUGAUUGCUCCAAUAGCGAAGAGGAGGCCACUGUAAUGACUCAGGUGGCGAAUUCUCCCCUAGAAAAGAUCGAGGUGGAGGAACAGCAGGAGGUUCAAGGAGAUUCAGAUGAAUAUCUAUCCACUUCGAGUAGUUCGCUUUAUGCCAUUUUCACACCUUCACCAGUUAUGGGCAGUGCUUCGCCCAUUUCAUCGGACAGUGAUCCGCGAACCAUAACCGAACAGGUUCAGCUUCAUAAUCCACCGCCAGGAUCGCAGGAUCAACUUAUCAUAAUGGAAGCAGAUAAUAAUACUUCCUGUUCAUUAUCCUCUACGCUAACAGAUAGCAAGACCCUGGAUGGUCGCACACCCAUCGUGGUUUGA